UACAUCACUGCUCUCCAAGCUUGUUGCUGGAGAGCUACGGUCCUGUAAGUUUUUACUCCAUCCCCAUUUGUACCUAACCUGAACCAAUAGGGCACUAGCUCUCCAGGAACAAGCUUAGAGAGCCUUGCUUCUAGUCGACACUAUUUUGUCACAUCAGUAAUGACUUGAGUCACAUCUUUGAGACAUUUUAACAAUAAAUACAUUUUGUAGCUUCUAUACUAGCACAGUAUUGCCUAGUUAAUGAAAUCACAAACUUGACAUGCCAAUUUUACAUACACUUGUUUGGUGAGUUGUAUAGUAGAUAUGACAUGUAUAUUACUAUGUAAAUGAUUAGGACUGGGACAUUGUGAUUAUACGUCAGGCCUGCUGCUUGGCCAUCCACAGUAUGUAGCCAUGGAAACUACAAGACUCAAUAUGCCACGUAGCCUCUGGUGGGCUUUCUCAAGUUCUCCCCUGCUAGUUAGUUUUUAGUUGUCUUUUUCCUUGAUAACAUACUGGUGAUGGCUAAUCAACUAGCUAGUUUAUGAGUUUGGACAUCAGUGCGUCGUAUUAGCUCUAGAUUGCCUGUACUGUGUAGCGUAAUGCACCCCACAGCCAGCCCGAAGUUGAUAACACUACAAGUAGCGGCUUCUCUCAGCACCGCCAGGGACUUGACGCUGGGCAGCUCGGGUUACACUGGUAUACAGUUAGGUCAAGGCAGUUAUGGACCGCUCUCCGGUAGUCAUUGUCCGGGGUUACAAUUACCAGGAGGAAGGCUGCCCGGAGUCAAGCCGAUACAUGUCCAUACAUCAAGGAGAAAAUUCCCUCAGAACGACUCCAGGGACCGAAAGGAUUCCAACUGGAGUGUAGAGGGAUCUACUUCCUCCUUCCCUGGCAGAGAAGUGUGUCCUGUGUCCCGGCUGGGCUCCUCAGAUAACUACCCAGAGAAAGAUAUCUGUGGGAGACACUUUCUGUUUGAUAAGACAUGGAAGAAUGACAACAGGAUGUAUCCCAAGUAUGAUUUCAGAGAUGAGCGUCCCUUGAAGCCUAGCGGCUCCAUCCCUCCCCUGCCCAGAGACUACCAGAUCCACCGGUCGGGUCACCUCCACCACUAUACCCUCCACAAGGAGCUUUCCCAUGCCCCUGCUCGCCCCUGCGCCUUUGGCUCUUAUGAGGCCUAUGACCUGACGUCAGUUCCUGCCAUCCUGCUGCCAGCUGCAGCCUCGCUCAAUGGAAGAAAUCCCUCAACAGAAGGCUACAAGAACAGACCAAGAGUAAAUAACAGAACCUGCAGUCUUUUCACAAUAGGAGCUAAUCAGAAAUCCCAGUCGUACCCGGACCCGGUAAGCGGAGCCCCGUCAGCCUCAAUCAUCCAUAGACUGUCUGAGAUCGCUUCUCUGGAGGGAGAAACAGUCAGGCAGGAGAAGAUCAAGAAGAUUAAGAAGACCAGGAGACAGGACUCCUGACACGACCCCGUCUAUCAGCCAAUCGGAGAGCAGAGGUCACAGUUAAAGGCUGUGACCCCAUAACUCAGUGCCAAUGCCGCCUGAACAAAAUAAAACAUUUUGGUGGAAAUAUAAACCCUUUUCUUGUUUAAAAGAGAUCUAACUUUGUAAAAGCUUGUUGGUGCUAUAUAAUAGCAUUGUGCAAGUCAAUAUUUUUUUCUUAUACUAACGUUCAAAAUUUGGGGUCACUUAGACUUGUCCUUGUUUUUGAAAAGAACAACACAUUUGUUGAUCCAUUAAAAUAACAAAUUGAUCAGAAAUGCAGUGUAGACAUUGUUCAUGUGGUCAAUUACUAUUGUAGCUGCAAACGGCAGAUUUUUUAUGGAAUAUCUACAUAGGCGUACAGAGGCCCAUUAUCAGCAACCAUCACUCCUGUGUUCCAACAGCACGUUGUGUUAGCUAAUCCAAGUUUAUCAUUUUAAAAGGCUAAUUGAUCAUUACAUAUAUAUAGUGCACUACUGUUGACCAGAGCCCUAUUCCCUAUUAUAGUACACUACUGUUGACCAGGGCCCUAUUCCCUAUAUAGUGCACUACUGUUGACCAGAGCCCUAUUCCCUAUAUAGUGCACUACUAUAGACCAGGGCCCUAUUCCCUAUAUAGUGCACUACUUUUGACCAGGGCCCUAUUCCCUAUAUAGUGCACUACUUUAGACCAGGGCCCUAUUCCCUAUGUAGUGCACUACUGUUGACCAGGGCCCAUAGGGACACUUUACAGUGAAUAGUGUGCCAAUUGGGACAGAGGGCACUCCAUAUCACCAAUAUAGAGACCAAAUCAUUCCCACAGCACUGGGAAUGUGUCCUUUCCUCACUGAGUAGGCUACAUUGUGGUGUUGCAGUACUGUACAGACACAACUAGACCGUUGAAUAGACUUCGUUGUUUUCAAUAGUGAGGCACCCCUCACACACACGUCUGUUGUUUUGUGUCGGGUGAGAUGAGGGAAUCGGCUGCGUGGAGGGAGAUGCAGUGAACCGUUACGUUGACCGGGGAGGGACAGGGCUGAGAGCCUCACGAAGGCGUUCAUCAGUAAAU